CUCUCUCCCCUCCCUCUCUCUCUCUCUCUCCCUCAUCCUGUCCCUGUGUGAAUCCCAUUGUGUUCUUCAGAUGGAGAUUAUUCCAAGAGCCUCAGACACAGACUUUGGAGCUCUGUAGCUCGGUCCGGGAGAUAAACGAUGGCCGAUCAGGAUAGCGACUUGUUCUUCGACCCUUCCUGUGACGCGCUAACAACGUCGGAGGCCCUGCCGUUUGAGCCGCUCUUCAUCCACGAGGAGGAGGACGAGGAGAAGGAGACGCAAGCGGCAGCAGAGGAGGAGGAGGAGCAGGAGCGAUUCGAGGACUGCGUGGAGGAGUUGACGUCGGCCCUGGGCUUUUCGCGGAGGUGCCGCGCCGCCAUGGAGGAGGAGUUUAGCGGCCUCAUGGCCCAAAUGAUGGCCGAGAUCGAGGAGUACGACAGCCUGCUGAACUGCGCCUCCCUGGGAUGCUGCCCCCCCCUGGGGGAGCAGGGGGGCAUCUUGGGGGGCAUCCUGCCAGCCGAGGACUACUGCCUCACCCCGGGGCAGCAGGGGGGCAUCUUGGGGGGCAUCCUGCCAGCCGAGGACUACUGCCUCACCCCAGGGCAGCAGGGGGGCAUCUUGGGGGGCAUUCUGCCAGCCGAGGACUACUGCCUCACCCCGGGGCAGCACGGGGGCAUCCUGGGGGGCAUCCUGCCAGCCGAGGACUACUGCCUCACCCCAGGGCAGCAGGGGGGCAUCUUGGGGGGCAUCCUGCCAGCCGACGGCUUCUCAUCUCUAGCGGGUCAGUGCAGUGUGGUGGGGGGGAACAGCGGAGGUGCAGCAGGUGCACUACCACAGCAGGGGGCGCUAAAGAGCGCUGGAGACACAGGGCUGCUGCUGCUCACAGGCGAGGGAGACGAGUCGUCCCGGCAACGCACGUCGGGGGAACAAGACAGGCGCAAUAAGAAUGGGGACUGCCGCGCUGCCGUCAAUAUGGCAGAGGUGAUGCGUACAUCAGGGUUGGGUUCUGUGACUCCUGGGGUGGGGGUGAGUCCUGUGACGGAGUUGACUCCUGGGGUGGGGGUGAGACCUGGGAUGGAGGUGACUGUCGAGGCAGGAGAGGGCCCUGUGAUGGAGGUGGGCCCUGUGACGGAGUUGACACCUGGGGUGGGGCUGAGUCCUGGGAUGGAGGUGACUGUAGGGGCAGAGGUGGACCCUGUGACGGAGGAGACUGUGGAGUCCGAGGCGGUGGUGACGCGGGACCUGGGUGAGCUGGGCGCGCUGUUCGAGGGCUGCAUCGCGGAGGUGGGCCGUCUGGAGCAGCGUCGGGACGAGCUGGUGACGGAGCUGCUGGAGCUGGAGCGCCCCCUGGCGGAGGGGGUGCAGGCGCUGCGGGACGAGCUGACCGAGGCCCACACACAGCUGCACCGCUCUGGCCUGCAGAAGGAGGACCUGAAGGACAGCAUCCGCCUGCUCAAGAGGCAGCUGUUCGCCGUGGCCAGGGCCUGCGCUCAGAGCCAGGUGGAGCUGUCAUCACGGAAACAUGAGGCACAGAAGCUGAGCAAUGUGCAGGAGGAACUGCAGGCACAGGUGCAGGCUCUGACGGACGAGGCAGCCCACCUGCGCUCGGAGCACGCGGGCCGCCUGCAGAGUCUGCAGGAGCAACAGGAGGUGCAGGAGAACUCCUCCUCCUCCUCGACAGACCUCUCCGACGGCCGCCGCGCCUCCUGCGACCUGCAGCAGUACCUGCAGGGGGCGCUAAGCGCGCUGGAGGAGUGGUACGAGCCGCGGCUGGUGGCCCUGCUGAAGCGGAGGGAGGGGGGCCAGGAGGCCCUGCAGAAGACGCGCGAGCAGGCCCAGGGGCUGCGCACUCAGCUGGGGCCCCUAAGGGACGAGCACGACCGGCUGCAGCUCCAGAGAACCUGCCUGGAGGAGCGGUUCCACCUCAUGGAGGACCAGCGCAGGGAGACCAUACUCCACUACAAGGAGACGGUGCAGCAGCUGGAGGAGAGCAGUCGGCAGCUGAAGAUGGAGCUGCAGAUGCAGCAGAGGAAGACCAGAGAGAUGGAGGCGGUGAAGAACAACCUCUUGAAGCAGCUCUGCCUCUACAGAGCCAGCCCAGAGAACCAUGAAGAGGUGAAGCCACCAGCUCUUGGAGACCACAGCAACCAGCAGCCCUCUAUGGUGGAGGUGCAGACCUGAGACAAGUCAAUGUGUGUGUGUGUGUGUGUGUGUGGUCGAGGGUGCUAUCCGAGUUGGGUGUCAUGGGAGAGGGGGUUGAGCAUGUGCUGUAUGUGUGUGUGGGCCGAGUGUGCUUGGAGUGUAUGUGUUAAGUAUGUGUGUGUGGGGGGAGAAUCAGUAAGGUUUGUCAGCAUGGAAUGGCUUCUUCUCUUACUUCAUACCAGAGGCAAAAGCUGCACUGAAAUCCACUUGAGCUCUAGCUCCCCCAUGUGUGUUGGAGUGUUUGUAGAAAAGGGUUAAUCUAAGCCAGGGGUGUCAUAGUUACGGCCUGGGGGCCAG